GGCUGUCGGGAUCGCUGGCCGCUUUGGUUAAUGUCCGCCAUGUUUGCCAUGGCGCAGGGAGCGGAUCGAGCGAGCCCGGCGCGGAUCUAGGGCUGCGGGGCGUGCGCUGUGAGCUACGGGCGGCCCCGCGGAGAGCUGUUCCGGGGCGGCGAGACCCUCCAUGGUGGUGCGGGCCGGGUGCGGGAGCGGCUGGGAGGCGGCGGCGAGGCCGCACUGAAGGCCCCCCCCGCCCGCCCGGCCCCGGGGUGUUAUUGUGAGGGGGAGACAAUGAGCAAACUCUCCUUCCGAGCCCGGGCGCUAGACGCCGCCAAACCGCUGCCCAUCUACCGCGGCAAGGACAUGCCCGACCUCAACGACUGCGUCUCCAUCAACCGGGCUGUGCCGCAGAUGCCCACGGGGAUGGAGAAAGAGGAGGAAUCGGAACAUCAUUUGCAACGGGCUAUCUCAGCACAACAAGUUUUCAGAGAAAAGAAAGAGAGCAUGGUUAUCCCAGUCCCCGAAGCGGAGAGCAAUGUCAACUAUUACAAUCGUUUGUAUAAAGGAGAGUUUAAGCAACCAAAGCAGUUCAUUCACAUCCAACCCUUCAAUCUGGACAAUGAGCAGCCAGAUUAUGACAUGGACUCUGAGGAUGAAACCUUACUGAACAGACUAAAUCGGAAGAUGGAGAUCAAGCCACUGCAGUUUGAAAUAAUGGUUGACAGACUUGAAAAAGCCAGUUCCAGUCAGCUUGUAACACUUCAGGAAGCUAAGUUGCUGCUAAAUGAGGAUGACUACCUUAUUAAGGCUGUGUAUGACUACUGGGUAAGAAAGCGUAAGAAUUGCAGGGGGCCAUCUCUCAUCCCCCAAAUCAAACAAGAAAAGAGGGACGGCUCCACCAACAACGACCCUUACGUUGCCUUCCGGAGGAGAACUGAGAAGAUGCAGACAAGAAAGAAUCGAAAGAACGAUGAAGCGUCUUACGAGAAGAUGUUGAAAUUAAGAAGAGAGUUCAGCAGAGCCAUAACAAUUUUGGAGAUGAUCAAGAGGAGAGAGAAAACCAAACGCGAGCUAUUGCAUUUAACGUUGGAAGUUGUUGAGAAAAGGUACCAUUUGGGUGAUUAUGGAGGUGAAAUCCUCAAUGAAGUGAAGCUUAAUAGACCUGAAAAAGAGAUGAGCAUAACUCCAUCCACUCUUCAUAAUGGAAAUCAUCACAAAGUUCAAGAAUGUAAAGUUAAGCAUCCACAUCACUCAUCUCUAAAGGAGGAGGUGUCAGAUGUUGUACGUCAGAAGAAGAAGUAUCUGAAGAAGCCUAAAAUGGAGUGUGUGAUAACUCCUCAACAGCCCUCUGCCGAGCCCUUGCCUGCCAUCAGCAAGAGCGAUAUUAAACAGUAUGACUUCCACAGUUCAGAUGAAGAUGAGUUCCUGCAGGUACCCUCACCAGUAUCAGAAGCAGAAGAAGAAAACGAUCCUGAUGGACCUUGUGCUUUCAGGAGAAGAGCAGGAUGCCAGUAUUACGCUCCUCGUUUGGACCAAACUAAUUCUUCAUACGAAAGCUCAGAUUUGGCAGAUUUGGACAAACUGAGGUUCAGGCAUUGCCUUACAACCCUUACAAUUCCAAGAAGAUGUAUAGGAUUUGCAAGAAGACGGAUUGGCAGGGGUGGAAGGGUUAUAAUGGACCGAAUAUCCACAGAACAUGAUCCUGUCUUGAGACAGAUUGACCCAGAAAUGCUGAACAGUUCUUCAAGCUCUUCCCAGACUUUAGACUUUUCUUCUAAUUUUUCACGGACCAAUGCUUCCAAUAAACGCUUUGAAAACAGACUGUCCCUCUCUGAAAUACUAAGCAAUAUCAGAUCAUGUCGACUGCAGUGUUUUCAGCCAAGGCUACUAAAUCUACAGGACAGUGAUAGCGAAGAAUGUACCUCAAGGAAACCAGGGCAGACUGUGAAUAAUAAAAGAGUCUCUGCAGCAUCUGUAGCUUUAUUGAACACCAGCAAGAACGGCAUAUCAGUAACAGGGGGUAUUACAGAAGAACAAUUUCAGACACAUCAACAGCAGUUAGUUCAAAUGCAGAGGCAACAACUUGCUCAGCUUCAGCAGAAACAGCAAUCUCAGCAUUCCUCACAACAGACACAUCCGAAAGCACAGGGCUCCAGCACCUCUGACUGUAUGUCAAAAACACUCGAUUCAGCCAGUGCCCACUUUGCUGCAUCUGCAGUGGUCAGUGCCCCUGCCCCUGGUCGCAGUGAGGGAACGAAGGAACAGAGCACCAGCCACAACAAUAUUAAUGGUGUUGUCCAGCCUUCAGGAACCUCUAGAACUUUGUAUUCCACCAACAUGGCUUUAUCAUCCAGCCCAGGGAUUUCAACUGUACAGCUUGUAAGGACAGUUGGCCACACCACCACAAACCACUUAAUCCCAGCCUUGUGCACAAGCAGCCCUCAGACGCUUCCCAUGAACAAUUCUUGCCUGACGAACGCGGUGCACCUCAACAACGUCAGUGUUGUUUCUCCAGUCAAUGUGCAUAUCAAUACACGGACUUCAGCACCAUCGCCAACAGCCUUAAAACUUGCCACAGUUGCUGCCAGUAUGGACAGAGUGCCAAAGGUAACUCCUAGCAGUGCCAUCAGCAGUAUAGCAAGAGAGAACCACGAACCAGAACGACUGGGUUUGAACGGCAUAGCAGAGACAACAGUGGCCAUGGAAGUGACAUAACCUCAGAGCAGGUGUCAGCCUGUGCUAGUGGUGUAGUCCUUCCUAUUCCAACCGAAUGCAAAACACAGCACUCUGUGGUUCACAGAGAACUCACAUGGACCUAAAUGGACUGUCAUUAUAUCGUGUAUGAAGUCGAUAUAUAAUGUAAAUUUUGUACAAUUGGGAAAAUCACUACCUUGUAAAAUAGUUUUAUUUGUAUCAUCAAUAUUAUUUCUGUUACUUGAAUAGUAGAUAUUCAUCAUCAUGCUUUUGCACUUGAAUUUGCAACUGAAUGGAUUAAAAAAAAAUAAUUCUUUAAUGGGAUCAUGAGCAUGAAAUGGGAUCCUGCAUCACUUGUUUUAACUAUUUAUUUUGCCAUGUUUACAUUUUGUAUCUUGUACAAAUAAAUCCAACUUUGUGUCUACAAAAAAAGUUCCAGAUUCAUAGCUAGAAAACAAAAUUCUUGUAAUUUUUUUCUAAAGAAAAUGUAAAGUUUUCACUCGGUUCAUUUUGUUUCACAAUUUGACUAGAUGGACUUUUUGGUAAAUACUUUAGUGGCAUUUCACUGUCAAAUAUGAAGUUCAAGGCAAAAUAGUAUUUUCUAUUACUGUGCAGGGGAAAGGGAUGGAUCGAUACAUGCAAAUUUAAUGUAGUAACUCACUUUUCCAUAUAUUUUGAAUGUAUAUUUCUAUUUAUAAUACCAGUUUAUAAAAAAUAAUUACACAGGAAAAAAAAAAGAGAGACUGACUAGGAAAAUUAUGCAUCUAGCACAUGUAAAAUUGUGCAGAUAUGAGAAAAUUUUCAACUGAUGACGUUUUAUCUGAGGACUGCGUAUUUUAACCGGCUUUAAAACUGUAACACACCACAUAAAGGAUAUUUUACCAGGUAUGUAUUGCAUUAUAUAUCAUUGCAAUAAUUAAUUAUUGGAUGUCUAGAUAUCGAGCCAUCCCAGGUGGUGGGGGGGGAGGGGAGGGUUGUGGCAAGAUUGUCUUUUCAAUUUUGGAGAGUUUUCCUGUGGCUACAAGGCAAGUAACGGGUUGGAAAAAGUCUGACUGUAAGCGUUGGACACCUUCGUAGUGUAGUGUUUUAGUGACUUUUUUUAUACGGUUCUUGUAAAUUAGAUACGUGUAGUGGUGUUUCAGAAUGUUUGUUUAUGCACUAGUUCAGACAACUUUCCCUGUUACUUGUUCUUGAUAAGUGAAAACUGCAGGGAAAUAAAAAUACAUAUCAAAACAUGGA